GAAAGGUAACCACAAAAAGGAGUUCACACUCUACCUGGAAAAUGCUGGUCUGGGUUAAGCAGGGCAGCAAGGGGUCUUCUGCUGCAGAGAACACUCUGGCUGCCUCCCCCUUCCUGGCUGGCUUGGGCCCUACUCGAGUUCAGGCUUCACUGCGGCCUACACGGAGGCCUCCGUGGAAGCCCCGCCCACCCGCCGAUCCGCUGAGAGGCGCCCGGGAGAAAAGCAGCUUGCCUGCUGCUUGGAUGGCCGAGCAGGAGGACCAGCAGGAGAGGGGGCCAAGAGGGCAAGGGGCUGAGAGGCUAUGGGGCUGGGCAGGGGGCAAUGGGGAGUCACAUGAGGUGCCCCUGGGGUGCCCCUCCAGGCAGUGGGGCCCCCAGACAACUGUCUCCCCUUGCCCUAUCAUUGUUACGUGCCUGUCUUCCACCAACUUGCAUCGCCUUCCACCAUCUUCCACAGGAAUGCUGACCAAGGAGCUGCCAGACCAUUAACUGGGCCCUGUGGUAUGAUGUAACUGGGAGAACAGGAAGAAAAGGGAAGGCGAGCUGGCCCUGUGGGAGCAGCCAUGACUUGUCCCCUUUGCUAAUCAAGGUCUGCCUUAGUUUGCAUUUAGAUGCGUAGCUACAUGUAAGUGCAAUAAGAUAUGGGGCCACAGCUCAGUGGCAGAGCAUCUGCUUUGCAUGCAGAAGGUCCCAGGUUCAAUCCCUGGCAGCAUUUCCAGGUAGGGCUAGGAGAGAGACUCCUGCCUGUAAUGUAGGAGAAGCUGCUGCCAGUCUGGGUAGACAAGAGUGAGCUAGAUGAGCCAAGGGUCUGACUGGAUAGAAGGCAGCUUCCUAUGUUCCUAAAAGCAAAACGCAUGCAUGUUUCAAGGAGAGGAGAGCUGGUCUUGUGGUAGCAAGCACAACUUGUCCCCUUAGCUAAGCAGGGUCAGCACUGGUUGCAGAUGAGGGAAAACGUGUGAGCACUGGAAGAGAUUCCCCUCAGGGGAUGGGGCUGCUCUGGAAAGAGCAAGUGCCUGCUUGCAUGCAGAAGGUUCCAAGUUCCCUCCCGGGCAGCAUCUCCAAGAUAGGCCGCGAGAGAGACUCCUGCCUGCAACCUUGGAGAAGCUGCUGCCAGUCUGUGAAGACAAUCCUGAGCUAGAUAGACCAAGGGUCUGACUCAGUAUCUGGCAGCUUCCUAUGUUCCUAAACUCUCUUUCUCCUUCUCGGCAGUAUAAAAUAGAGAAAAUGGUUCUGCUGAUUCGGAAGCUGAGUCUUUCGGUGUGGCACAAUGACCCUUUGGGGAGGAACAGCUUCUUGGGUGAGAGGGAAGUAGACCUGGCCGGCUGGGACUGGAGGAACAAUAAGCUGAACUGGUAUAUGCUGAAACCCCGGUCUCUCUCUACAAUCAAUUGCGUUGACCAUCGAGGAGUGAUAAACCUGUCCAUUAAGUACAUCCCACCAGGAUCCCUAGGUCGAAAGACCCCUCCGUCUGGGGAGGUCCAUAUCUGGGUCAAGGACACCAAAGAUCUGCCCCAGUUACGUCCCUCCGGAGUGGGCUCCUUUGUGAAAUGCUACGUUCUUCCAGACACCAGUAAAAAGAGCUACCAGAAGACCCUCAUUGUACAGAGGGACUCCAACCCAGUGCUUAACCACACCAUCGUGUACGACGGCUUUCAUACAGAAGAUCUGAAGGAUGCCUGUGUCGAGCUGACCGUCUGGGAUCAUGAGAAACUGACCAAUCACUUUCUGGGAGGGAUCCAGCUGGGACUUGGGACAGGCUCCAGCUAUGGGAUUGCCGUUGACUGGAUGGACUCCACACAAGAGGAGGUCGCAUUUUGGCAGGAAAUGAUGACCACGGCGAAUGAAUGGAUUGAAGCGUCCCUGCCUUUGCGCUCUCUGGCUGGAAAAAGGAAGCUGAAAUGAACAGCUGGCAGCAGCCCACAGAGGAACGGAGAACCGUUUACACAGAGAAGAGGGCCAAUGCAAAGCUGGCUGACCUCAGGAUUGCCUGUGCAAUGCACUUCGAAAGGACAAGGUAUUAUUACUCAUCCCAAGAGAGGACUGAGCGGAUUUUACAUCCCAGCUAGCUGAAAGACCUGCUGCUCGUCACCUCUCCAUCAUCUAGACCUUAGAUUUUAUUCGACUUUGGGUUUGUACCCAGAGAGCAGGGAAGAAAUGGUGUAAAUAUGUUUAUAGUUUAUUUUAUUACAGUGUCCAUGAUGCUG